AUGAUGAAUGAAGAUGGAUGGGCGACUGUCGAGUUUGUGACAACGGUCGGUAAUGUCGUCGAAGGAUGGAUGAUCCUUGUUCGAGUGUCAGUUGCUUACCUGCUGAUCGAUCGAUUGGUAUACGAAAAAAGUAUGUGGUCCACCAUCACUAAAGGUGACCAUACCUUUCUAUUUUUCAAUGUGCCUAAUUUGCACUGGUAUCCCGUCGCUUUGUGCGAUGAUACGCUGCACGACCCGGGAAUCAUUAGCGAGCAAGCGACCGUGGCGGCAAUGCAGGUCAAGCGGGUGAAUGAACAGCAGUGUGUUCGACAUGAAUAUACCUCAACGAUGAUGACGGCGACUACUCAGACCGGCAACUGUCAAGGAAUGCAACCCGUCGACUACCAAGGCCUGGACCUUGCGACAGACCGACUUCCAGAUGCGGGAUGA